CAAAUUAAAAGCUUACAACACUCUUAUUUGAUUGUCAACGAAACGCGCUAACUUCAACGUUCUUAUUCCUUUUAAAAAUAUUUAUACAAGCUAAAAACAUUAGCUAUGUGGAUGAUGCAAGUGAACAGCAAUUGCUUGUGCCGUCAAACUAAGCUAAAAUGCUGCACACGGAUUCACUGCCCAAUCAUCAAGGUAUCUACACGCCGCUAAGUCAGGCAAUGACCGAUUCUGAAUCCGAUGAAGAAAUUGAAAUACAUAACGCUAAUAAGCAUCGACUCCAGCAUCAGCUACACCAGCAACAAUUGCAACUGCAACAGCAACAAUCGCAACUGCAACAACAACGCAAUCGAAUUCGAAUACCACCUAAUACAUUAGCUUUAAAGACGUCACAUACACAAUCGAAGCAACAGCAGCAGCAGCAUCAACAAAGACAGCAGCAACAACAACAAUUUAACAACACCAACUGCAGCAGCUACACCACCAAUAUGCAAAACACAUUUCGCUCAGUUAUGCUCAGUGAUUUGGGUAGCAAUGCCGGCAGCAAUGUGGGCGUUGAGUUCUCCAAUUUUGGUGCCGAAUACGAAACGAAUGCGGAUAAUGUCGCCAUAUUGGGUCAUCAAUCGGAUCAAUCAGAAUUGAAGCGGUCGCCCAUGUCCACGAAGAGACGUUGCUGCUUUAUAGCCUCGCUGCUGCUCUGCCUGUUCGCUGUGGUUGGCUUCGUUUGGAUCGUUCCCUGUGGCCCAGCAGAUGGCACUGGAGCUUGUCCAGCGCCCGUGGAUCGUCAAAAGACCCGCAAUUGGUUUAAGAACUAUACCAAGAUCGAGCUGAGAGGAGGAGUAAAUGUCGUCGCUGGUUUACGUGCUUGGGAGAACAAUUUGAUAUUUCUAUAUCGUGGCGAUGUCUUCUUUCCGGAUUCUCGUCCCAACAAUCAUAAACGCAAUGGCAUAAUCUCACUGAUUGGCAGCUCCGGCGCUGUAGCAUGGUACGAUGAGACAGUAGAUGAGCCCGUGGCCAUUGACUGCACCUUACUCGACGUGGACCUCAAUGGUAAGCCGGAUUGCUUGGUCAUCGAAGAGUACGGCGAAGUGGGUGUUAUUAAUUCGGGAAGCGGCGAAUGGCACUGGCGCUUCAAGGAUCAUGCUGCACAGAAGCUAAAUGCAUACGACUUUCCACUCAUACUGCCCGAUAUUGAUGGCGAUGGCGUGUUGGAUAUAUUGCUGAUAUCCAGUCUCUCGCUAGAGCAGCGCACCAAGACGCUUAUCCAGCAGCAACAGCCAAAGCAAACGCAACAACAACUCGAGGCACGCAACGUGCUGCGCCUGCUGUCAGGUCGUCGAGGUCGACCCAUCGGCGAGGGCUUUCGCAUACACGACUGCCAGAAGCUCAGCCGUCUGCAGCUGAACGUCAACAACAACAUCAGCUACAGCUGCACCUCCAGCACAGAUCAGCAGCCUCAGCAGCGCUUCAAGAGCCUCGCCGAGCUCUAUGCGCUCAUCACUAACAAAUCGCUGAUGGGUCGACGUCUGACGCCCGCCUCCAAGAUUGCUCAGCAUCGCAAGCAAAUGGAUACACAGCGCAAUGUUUAUCUGCUCAGUGGCAGGGAGCUGAUCCUCGAGAAUCGUGGCAAAUGCCCCGACUGCAAUGUCACAUUGCAGCUGAGCGAAAUGCGCGAUGGUCGUCGGCAUAUGCUGUACAAUCAAACGGAGAACGCAAUGUACGGCAUGGCGCCAGCUCAGUGGCACUUCAAGAACAGCAAGUCAAAGAUGUCUGGCUUUGUCAUCAAGUUCUGGAAGUGGAUCAGCGUAGUCAAGGCAAAACCACCGCCGGCGAGCAACAGCAACAGCAACAGCGUGGACAAGAUGAACAACUACACCAACAGCAGCAGUAGCAGUAGCUCCAAAAAUUUGAACAGCAUAAAGGAAAAGGAGAAGAACAAGGAUAAGAUAUACUCGAAGACCCAACAGCAACAACAACAACAGCAGCAGCAGCAGCAAAAGAAGCAGCAACAGCAGCAGCAACAACGGCUUAAAAGGGAUUCACUCACUCAUCAAUUUCCCGCCGAGCAUGAGGAAUUCGAUCUGUUCCAUCCGAUUCAAAAACGUGAAACGUUUCGAAAUCAGAGCAAACCCGUUGCCGGCCUGAUGAAGAACUAUAAAAUGCAGAUGAUAACGGAAACAGUUAUAUUGGUAUUAUUCAUUGGCGCCGAUACGCGCAUCGAGAACACCUCACAGAGCAACAUCAUCCAGUUCUGUCGCAGCGAUCGCAACGAAAUGAUCUGUCAACCCGACUUGCUCAAUCAAGAGAACUCCAUGUUGAUCGCAGAUCUCGAUACGGAUGGCUCGCAGGAAUUGGUCUCCUACAUGUCCACGUUUGUGAAGCCCAGCGAAUAUCCGUACACUGACUAUAAACUGAUCAGCUAUGUGCGAUUGCUACGCAUCCAGUCCGAGCUGCCUGCCUAUUACGAGCAGGAUAAACUGAACUAGGUGGAGGUCGAACGGAAGGAGGAGCAGCAGCAGCAGCAGCUGGAGGAGAUGUGCAUUUAAAAUUCACUACAUUAGCCACAAGAGAUUCAGUACUUCUUAGUAGUUAAAUUGCUAGUUGCAUUGACAACAUAACGUUUAUAAUUAACAAUUAAUAAUUGUACUAUACUAUAAUAAUAAUUAUAUAAAAUAGUCAAACUUUUCUAGUCUCAAAUAAAGCACUCGAUGGCAAUAGCAA